UUUCUCCUCCUCUUUCGCAUAUUCCACAAAGAAAUUAUUCAAAAUGGGUCGCAUGCACAGCCGUGGCAAGGGUAUCUCGAGCUCUGCUCUCCCCUACAAACGUACUCCUCCUUCCUGGUUGAAGGCUACUCCUGAAGAUGUCUGCGAGUCGAUUUUCAAGCUCGCCAAGAAGGGUAUGACUCCCUCUCAAAUUGGUGUUAUUCUUCGUGACUCCCAGGGUAUUGCUCAGGUCAAGAACGUCACCGGUAACAAGAUUCUCCGUAUCUUGAAGUCCAACGGUCUCGCUCCCGAGAUUCCUGAAGAUCUUUACCACUUGAUCAAGAAGGCUGUCUCCGUUCGCAAGCACUUGGAGCGCAACCGCAAGGAUUGCGACGGCAAGUUCCGCCUCAUUUUGAUCGAGUCCCGUAUCCACCGUCUUGCUCGCUACUACAAGACCGCUGGUCAGCUCCCUCCCACCUGGAAGUACGAGUCUGCCACUGCCUCUGCUCUUGUCGCUUAAAUUAUUGCUUUCGGGUAAUAGUUGGGAGGCAAUUCUAUGCUCGUUUCAAUUGGAGCGCGCGCUUCUCAGAAAUAAAGAUGGAUUUAAUGGAAAAGCUGCUUUACAUGUUACUUGGACCUGUAUAUAUUCCAGGAUAUGGAAAAAAAAUGGUAAUAGGGAGACAUGGAUCCAAGAGGAUUUCUUAAGCUUGGAUCUGACGCUGGAACAAAAAGAGGAAAAACAAUCUUCCAAUGUUGCUAUGCAGUGCUGUGCGAUGUGGGACGAGAUUUCUUGAUUGGAUUGAAUUCUUUAUUGCACGAAGGAAACGUUACUUGGCUUGACCAAAGAUAUGAUCAAUCAAACAUUGUAUACAAUGAUCAAUGCAAUUGGC